CAUCAUUGCAGUGGGUAUACAGAUUUCGUCCGGUACUUUUCCAAAUUACAGCGAAAUUUUAUUAUUCAAUAUAUACAUGAUUAGAUCGUGGAUGCGUAAACGAUUUUUCGGAAUUGAAUCACCUUAUUCCCGGCGCAGUGCAAUAAUCUAGACACUAAUGCAGAAUUCAGAUCGCUGUACAGUGUGAAGGAAAUAAUCGAUAUAAUGACCGUCAAUGGCACAGAACCGUUUUUCGUGGGCCAGGAGUUGAAGGAACUUACUUUCGGAUGGACCGAUUAUACUCUCUUUGCCGGUCUGCUGGGCAUCAGCAUGCUCAUCGGCAUCUACUUCGGUUUCUUCAGCACAAAGCAGAAUAACACCACCGAGUAUCUACUCGGCGGCAAAUCCAUGUCCUUUCUUCCGAUUAGUAUGAGUCUGAUGGCAAGUCACAUAUCGGGAGUGUCUUUGCUUGGUGUUCCCUCCGAAGUGUAUCAGUACGGAACUCAGUACGCGGCAUGCAUUUUCACAUCCUUCAUAAGCUGUUUCAUAAUCGUACGCGUAUACCUACCGGUAUUUUACAAGCUACAGUUGACGAGCACUUUCGAGUAUCUGGAAAUUAGAUUUGCCAGGCCGGUCCGACAAUUAGCGUCCUUUCUCUACACCCUUGCGCUGGUGAUCUAUGUACCGUUGAUAAUCUACGUGCCGGCAUUAGCCUUUUCGCAAGCGACCGGGAUGAAUCUGCAUUACGUUGCACCAGUGAUAUGUAUGGUGUGCAUCUUCUACACAACUAUCGGAGGUCUGAAGGCUGUCGUAUGGGCGGAUACGAUUCAGAUGACGGUAACUGUCGGAAGUCUCAUUGCUGUUUUGAUAUUGGGAACAAUUGCCGUAGGCGGCGUUAGCGAGACCUGGAGGAUAGCCGAAAAGGGUGGUAGAAUUGUAUUUUGGAACAUGGAUCCCAGUCCUUUCACCAGAAAUUCAUUUUGGGGCAUGUCAGUGGGAAUGGUAAUGGCAUGGCUGGCAUCGUUGGGCAUCAGCCAGGUUUCUAUGCAAAGAUUUCUUGCAGUACCUACUAUUGAGGAAGCACAAAAAUCGGUAUGGGUCCUGGCUGUGGGUUUAAUAUUCGUAAAAAUGAUUUCCGUUUUCACCGGCCUUAUAAUGUACGCUAGAUAUCACAAAUGCGAUCCUAUAGCUGUACACGUGGUAGCAAGGAGCGACAAGAUAUUACCGUAUUACGUACUAGACGUAGCCGCGAAUGUUCCGGGACUUCCUGGCCUCUUUCUCGCCGGUCUGGUGAGCGCUGGACUCUCGACGAUGAGCGCUGGACUGAACACAGUCGCCGGCACGAUUUACGAGGAUUUCAUCGAUCCCUGGAUGCCAGAAAGCAACAAAGAGACUAAAGCCGCCAACAUUAUGAAGGCCACGGUGGUAAUCCUAGGCACCUUAUGCGUGGGCAUGGUAUUCGUCAUGGACCGUCUCGGCGACAUCUUUCAACUAUCUCUGACUCUGACCGGUAUCACCGCCGGUACCAUGACGGGUCUGUUCUCGUUGGGGAUGUUGGUACCCUGGGCGACGGCCAAGGGAGCGGUGGUCGGCGCAGUGGUCUCGAUGACGACGAUGCUCUGGAUCAUCGUCGGCGCACAAUGGCAUAUGGCUAAUCGCAGUCUCUACUACGAACCGCUUCCUUCCUCCACGGAGGGUUGCGUGAAUAUGUCCGGUCUAUUUAAUCGUACAACCACAACAACGCAGAAUCCUAUACAAGUCGAAUCUGUGGACGAACCUUUCUUCAUGUAUAGGAUAUCCUUCAUGUAUUACACGCUAUUGGGGGCCUUAAUCGUGAUGGUGAUCGGCACGAUAGUCAGCUUCAUCUGCGGCGCUGCUGAUAUAAGGAAUAUCGACCGAGAUUACUUCCCACCGUUUAUAACGAGAUUUAUGCCACCAAAAAAAUAUAUGGAAGUGUCGUUGCAUACGGUGCCAACAGCAUUGAUAACUAAUCCAGAGAAAGAAGAAUUAAAAUCUUGAAACAUGUAUAUUUUAUUCCAAACCUUAUCUCUUUUCCGUGACCGUACAAGACUUUAUUACAGUAAAACACACAUGCACAUAUAAUAUAUAUGUGCUUAAACGUACGGAAUAUCGUUUGAUUACACGUUCUCCGCAAUAAUAUUCUCUACAUACUCUACAACAUAUUAGUACGUAAGACAUCCUGUCGAAAUCUGUUCUGCCAAACUAUUAUAAUUCUUAAGCCAGUAAAACUUUCAGUAUAUCAACAUUUUGAUACAGAGAUGUUUAGAAAGAGAUUUCCGUAAAGCGUCUAAGAAAGAAAGCUUCAAUCAAUAAAUCCUUAACAACAUAAAUUGUUCGGAGACAGCGAUCGACAGACAAGCGGACGCAUUUGCCAAGAGAUAACUGCAUCUAACUGGCUCGUCCGGAGUUGAAAGCACCCAUUAGAACGUCGAUGAGGGUGUCAAAUUGACUAGAUUAUAUAUCUGCCCCACGCAUCUCAAUACAAACAAGUCCCUGCCAUCUGAAACAUCUGGAGGAACGAUGCCUAUCGGAUUAGAGCCGAAUGUAAAUGCCGCGGGAGUUUUUUGUCGAGUCAUUCGUCGAGUCUCUCUUUAAAAUCCGCGGUGGAUCGAUCGGUGCCGGAGCGUGCUUCGCGUGGAGCGGACUCGUAAUAAAUUUCGAAGACUUUUCACGUCUCACGAGACGCGCGAGGCCACCGAUUUGACUCACGGGACCAGGUUUAUCGUUUCGAAUCCGAAAUGACGAAAGGGAAGACCCUUAUCAGCGAUCGCCGACUUGCAGACGAAAGAAACCCCGAUCGACUGUCCCGCGCGGGGAACAUUCCACAUCUCCAGCCGAGAAACGACGCUUCUGUCUCGAAGCGGCGACCACAUUCCACCGCGGAGCGGUUUUAUUUUAUUAGACUGAAAGGUGUCAAAUAUAGGCGGCAGGGACCCAUCUACUUACAUACCGAUGCGCGAGUUUCGGGGAACCCCCUCCGCCUGUCCCCUUUCUAUCCGGUCUGAUUUCAACGUGUGGGUAAAAUCCCGAACUGAGAACCCGGCUUGCAUUGUGGGCCGGGUGACAGAUUUUUGACAGAUUCUGUCUGAUUUGGUGUCGAGUGACAGACCUGAGAGGCCCGAUCGUGCAGCCUCCUCGUAGUUGACGUUGUCGUAUCGCCCCUCUUUACACCAAGUAUCUCUUGAAAGCGGCGCUUGAUUAUGCUCCGCCCCAAGUAAUCCUUCGUACCAAUUAUUAUUUUUAUAUUUAUAAAAUUAGGAUAGAACGAUUGAAAGUGAAUUUGAAGAAAAA